UCUUUUCCUUUCCCCUUCCUCGAUCUGUCGUUAGGUUUGGUUAUUACUUCCGACAUGUCGAUUUACGCUUCCCACAAAGUAGCGAUAGCGAAAGCGAGGUUGAUCUUGAUGUGAGUGAAGGGAGCAUCAAAGAGUGUUCGUCGCGACAUUCUGCAUUCUCCUCUGAGGUUGGAUUUGAGCGGUAGCCAUGACUGUAGACGAUGAUAGUUCCAUAUACGUCGGCGGACUUCCUUACGACGCAACCGAAGAUAGUUUGCGCCGAAUCUUCGAUUUGUACGGCGCCGUCGUCGCUGUUAAGAUUAUCAAUGAUCGUAGUACGAGGGGAAAAUGUUAUGGCUUUGUUACCUUUACGAACCCUCGAUCUGCUGUUGAUGCCAUCAAAGACAUGGAUGGAAGGACUAUUGAUGGGCGGGUUGUCAGAGUUAAUGGAGUGAAGAGUAGAGGCGGUGGAAGGUUUGGUAGAGAAGGUAUCCGGUACAAUGAGAGGGAUGCUGACUGGGAGAAAGAUAGAGAUCGGGGGAGGGAUUAUGAUCAUGACAGAUAUCACCACAGAGGUAGAAAUAAUGACUGGUCUAGAGAGCGUGAUCGGUCUCGAGAACAUGAUUUGGACAAGGAAAGAGGAUAUGAGCAUCCACAAGAUCGUGAUCUACCCAAGGAUAAAUUGUUGGAUAGGGAUCCAGAGUUGGAAAAAACUUCGAAGGAUAACGAGCUGGUGCUUGACUUGAACCGUGAUCAGGAUUGGGAAAAAGAUCACGAUGCAGAUUGGAGUGGGGGCAGAAACAUUGAUAACACUGAUGAUUAUGAUAAAAGCCUUGACAAUGAUAGAGAUCUACCAUCGAGGAGAGAUAGCGGUCUCACAAUUGAAGGUCGAACUGGCCGGGAAGUUUCAUCAGAUUCUAGUGACGAUUACAUCCAUGAAUUAAAGGAACAACUGGAGAUAUCAACCGAAAGAUUUGAAGAACUUAGAAAGGAGAUUUCUCGAAUAGAGGAGAGGACAGGAGAAAAAGGAAAACUUGUGGUUGAGUUACAAAAGAAAGCCAAGAAACUCGAGGAUGCAUUGAUCAGUGCAAAGAAGCGCACUUCAUUCCGUCAGAUGCAGCUCACAAAGCUCCAUAAAAGCUUUCUGUUAGUGAAGGAUUAUUCUGAGAGACUUAAAAGCAGCGAACAAGAACUUCAGGCUCUGGUUGAAUCAACUGCAAUAGAGAGUGAUGUUGGCUGAAGUAUGAAGUUCCAGCAAAUUGCACUUCUGGUCAUGAACUGAAAAGGCUGCAUCCUUCUAUUUUGUUGGCAUGCAGAUUUGCCCCGUGGUGGGGGCAAUUCAUGGUCUUCUGUUGAUACUGAUGACAAGUUGUGGUGUAGAAUUCAUUGCUACCAAAUUUCUCCCAAGAUUAAGCUGUCAAUUUAUUUCAUGGUAUGUUCACAUAAUCUAUUAAGCCCCACGAUUUUACUCGCUAAUAGCAUCUUCAGGGGUUCAUUGCUUCACAGUUGCCUAGUUAAAUAUGUAUUGGAAAUAAUUUUAGCACCAAUUACAUUUUCAGCUUGCAUUAAGUUCCUUCUCAUGAAUAUGUAUGAAAUUUAGGUAGUAAUCCUUUUCUUA